CUUUCUAUUUUUUUUCCUAGAGAUACCAGCAACUAAUCUAAGUGAAUUUUAAGCAGGAUUGUUCUUUUAAAUCCAUGUUAUCAAACACCAGCGAUAUACAUGCCAGUUAUGGCCAGUGAAUCCAAUGAUCUGCCUCUUCCACUUGGAUGGGAAGAGGCAACAGAUUAUGAUGGCAAAUCGUAUUUUAUUGAUCACAAUUCCAAGCGUACAACUUGGAUUGAUCCUCGUGAUUGCCUUGCAAAACCAAAAACCUUUGCUGAUUGUGCUGGGAAUGAAUUGCCGAUCGGAUGGGAAAAAUGUAAUGAUCCCAAUAUUGGGGUAUAUUUUAUUGACCAUAUAUCGGGGCUUAACCAAAAAGAAGAUCCUCAUGAAACUUGGAAAUCAAGGCAACAGACAAUGCUUGAAGAGUAUGUGAAUACAGCUUUAGCGGAUAUAGAACUACAAGAAGAGAUGUUCAAAAUCAAACAAGAAAGAUUGAAUUUAGCUGAAAAUACGAUCCACACUUUACAACAACGAGUAAAGAGACACACAAGUCAUUUAAGUCACAAAUCCUCAACUUCAAGUCAAAAUUUCAACGAAUCAACUUCGAAUGGCAGCUCUAUGUCUGGUUCAAAUUGGUCAAUAAGUACCAAAUUCGAUCCCGAUGAAAUUCGUUGUGAAAUAGACGAAAUGAAACAAAGAGUGCAUCAACUUCGACAUCAGCUAUCGUUUAUUGAAGCGAAUAUAUACACUGCGAAAGUGAAACACCAACAGUGGACUACACAGCAAGAUAGCGGCUGUGUCAUGAACUCUUCUGAGCAUCUUCACCAUGAGGCUCAGCAACAUCAUAUGCUAAGAAACCACGCAGUAGAAUUGCACACUUCGCAAGAACAACUUCUUUAUAAUUUAGAAGAGUCCAACCACAAAAUUGAGGAAUUAAGCGCAGAGCGCAUGAAUUUAGAACUCAUGGGGUCGAAGGAUGGUAACCCCCAUACACUUCUACUCAUAUCAGAAAAGGAAGAACUUUUAAACGAACUAUACAGUCAGAAAGCUAAUUCGAAAGCGACUGAAGAAGAAAAAAAUCAAGUCUUGCGACGGUGUAGAGAAUUGGAAAAGGAGUUGCGUGAUGCGAAAAAUAUUAAUAAUCGAGCUCUCGGAGAGCGUUUAAAAAGAGCUGAAAAAUUGAAAUCGAUAGACUCCAAACUUAAUAUGGAAUUACAGCAAGCUAGUGAUAUCAAAGGACAGUUACAUAAACUAUCUUGCAGCACAGGAUCCUUGUCAUCAAGCUCCAGUCAAGGGUCAAGUAAGUCUGGUAGUCCUGGUCAUUUUGCCUACAGGAAUAAUUCAAUGACACGGGGAAGGGCUAAGGCAGUUCGAGCCAGUUUGCGUAGAAACUCGUCUCGAUGUUCUGACGGCGGCCCUCCUCGAUUAGACAUUAGCACUCAUAUUACUCUCGAAGGGUACGAGGCUCCGUGUGCUAACGGCAUUGAGCCAAUGUCUCUCAUAAAUUCUCAUAUGGUAUACACUGACAAUGUGAAUCAAAGUGGUAGCGUAUCAAUGUCCUCUAGUGCUUGCUCACUUCAAAGUCAAAACUCUUUUUUACAUAUGCAAGGAGAAACGUAGGACUUGAUGAAAAAUGUUGUUUUUAAAAUAAUAUAAUUAUUUUACAUUUUAUUCACUUUGAAUCAGAUCACAUAGGAAAAUCAUGAUAUAAUAUAUGACAAAGAUAUGAUUUUGUAUUGCUCCUAUUACAGAACUUUUAAAUUUUAUAGUCUUAGUAAUAGUUAAAUAAAUUGUAUGGACGUUUCGAACUUCAUCAUUUAUUCAUUUUGUCUACCUACCUCUGUGUUAAUAUUUAUGUCAUCGGCAUUUUCAGCGAAGGCAUUCAUAGCAGUGGGCUCUAGGGAUAAUCAAUAUCAUACACAUUGGAAUGUGAAGUAGUAUGCUAUUACCAGGCUAGUCUUAUAACGACAAUCGAAUACACUUUGAAGUAUUUGCUAAACUUUUUAUUCUCCUUUUCAUAUUUUAAUAACUUGAACUUGGCGGAUUUGUUGUUGUGAAAGCGAAAGGUAACUUAUGCACACGUUUGGUAAAUUCAACAUAAUGUAAACAGAGAUUUCUGUUUACAAACCUCCAUCUCCAUCUUCACUGAAAAUCUGCUCCUUGGCCAUGUCUGUAUCAGAGAGGAGUAGAUUCAAUCUGUAUACCAAGCUUGAUGACAGAUGAAAUUUUACUUUUUUUUGGUUUAUGAGUUCCAUGUUAUUUUCUUUUUUCUGUUAUGUUUACCUACGUGGUUAUAUGGUGUACACACUUCGUUUACGAUAGUAUACGAUAUGUUUACAGUUUUUAUAAAUUCCUAGAAACGUGCCAUAGUGUUUAUGCCCUUUUCUAAUAUAGGAUAAUUUCUUUGGGAGUUCCAUAUGGUCUGAAUAUUAUAUAUACAUCUUUAUCCAAUUGUAAACAUUGUAAUGAUAACGCAAAAUUGAAAAAUCGAAGAAACCAAAAAUGGCUGUUUUUUUUUUGACUUCAAUUAAAUCAUGCACCAAGUUAACAAGUUUAAACAUCCAUUUGUCCGAAUAAUUGAUAAUAAAAAAUAUUACUUCGUUGAUAACUAAUUUUGUAUUGUUAGAUUUAAAACUCAAUUACACUGCCUAAAAGUUUUGGGUGAAUUGUUUUGAAAUAUUAGAUAUAGCUAUUUUCGGGAUAAGUAGGACAGGACAAAAAUCAAGUUUUUCUUAUCACAGUAAUAGCAUUUUAACAGAAUCAAAUUACCUGAGGAUAUGAAAAUUUUGUUGAGAACUGCUAGAUAUUUUUAAAAAAUAGGAGAAGAUUAAACUCUUUCUGUCUCAGUCCCUUCUUUUUUUUCGAAGUUUAUGGUAAUGUCUUUGAAUUGGUGUGUAUAAAAGAAUAUUGGUAAAACAUGAAAAGUAAUAAAAAAUUCCCAAUCAUGUUUCAGCAGUUUAAUUUUUUUUAUCACUUUGUUCUGGCUGGACACACAAUUAUGAAAUUUGUGAGCUCAAAGCUAAAGAUCAUUUUCAUUGAAUAUUCAACAUGUUCUUAAUUGGAUAAUUGAUCCAGCUUAUUAAAAUCGUUAUUACUGAACAACUCGAGAACUAUGUUAAUGGCAUUACCGGUAAUUUCAAUUUGAUUAACCCAUAUCAGGGAAAAUAUCCUCGAAUUCUCAGUUAGAACUGUAUUAGGUCAUCCUUAUAUCAGCAAUGAGUUAACUCGGUAACAUUCAUUCAUUCCCAAGUGUUGGCCAUGGAUGACAUCUCUUUCUAGUACUCUGUUAUUAAAACCACGCAAUUAAUUUUCUCAACUUUGUUAGAAUUCUGUAUGUGAUUUCAAAAGUAUUGGUAUGUCAUCCCAUUAAUUAAUAACCACUGAUUCAAUUGGUAUGUUUGGUAUCCAUAACUUUACCCGAUAAAAUACACUAGUUCUUAUUUGCAGCGGAGGGUUGUUGAAUGUCUUGCGCAAACGUUCAAAUAUUUUCUUGGUAAACAUGAGCGCAUGGGACUACCACAUAUUUAACAAACUUCGUUCGAUAUUAUAAAAUGACUAACAGAUCAAAACAGGAGAGUCUUUGUUUCAGGUCAAACGUCUGUAAACAUUAAAAAAUUUGAUCGGUUUAUUAAUAAUGUUUUCAUUUAAUAUUUUAUUAAGGAGUACGUAGUUUUAUCAGUUGCCAUCAUUUUUGUUGCUCAUUAAUAAAAAAUUAAUUGAUAGGAAUUUCUCAACUUGGCCAACUGUAAAUCAUGAAUGAGUUAUUGGAAUCUUGAAUAUGGCUACACACUUAUUUGACACAGUAUAAAAUACAUUUGAAUGAUAUGAAAUACUAUCAUUUUUGACUUAUUAAAUGAAUGUAUUUCACAUACUUUAAAUUGAUUCAAAUCCGUGGUCAGCUAUUGAUAUUGGUAGAGAUUAUCUAUGAAAAUAGCUCAUAUUCGAAUUUGCUAUAUUUAAACAGUAAUUGUGUGAAAUUUUGAAAAUGAAACUGGUAAAAAUAACUCAAAUAAUGUUUAAUACAGUUGGUCUUUUAUUGAUAACAUAAAAUUUGAAAUAAAAUUCAAAAUGUGCAUAAUAUUUAGAAUUAGAUACUCAUUCUUUGUAUCAAAUAACUAUAAAUUAAAUUUUUAUUUUCAAAUUGACAAUAGACAUAAUUGUUUAAAUAAUGGGUAUGCUAUUGCUAUCUAAUUGCUGGUAUAAUUCCUAUAGUACAUGACCAUAAAACAUAAUAGACUUGUUCUCAGCCAGGGUUCUAAUGUUUUAUUAAUGUGUGGAAUGUUUGCUGAUGACUGUUUUACUGUUCAUACUGUUUGACAGGACCACGUGAUGGGUUUCUUUCAUCAUAGUAAAUUGAGGUCUUUAGCAUAUUAUGCAUUCCAUGCUAAUCCUAGCUGCAGACAACUUUUCCCAUGGGAUCAAUUUACCUUCACAUGUGCGCAAUACCAGAUUAUAUAACGGAAUGUUUGAAUGAAUGCAUCAUGAUAUAUGAAUAAUUUUUGGACUAUCAAAUUGCACACAAUAAAAUACCAUUCUUUUUAAAUUUUCAAAUUUUAAUUUUUUGAGGAUUUCAAAUUUCAAUAUCGAGUUUCCCCUUUCUGAUUAAAAUAAAAUAUAAAAAUACUAUCUCAUUUCAAAUAUUUUAGAAAUGACAUGAACUGAAAUUUGAUUGGCAUUGUAUAAAAAGUUAAUAAUGAGACCAAGCUUCAAUUGCCAAACUUGAAACUCAAAACUUAAAAGGUGUAAUUCAUGAUGGUUAAUGGGCACUUCAAGAUUAUCUAUUUCUGUCGGAAUUGCAUGCUAGUAGCUAAUUGGACCCUCGUUCAUUAUAGGAUUGAGUAUACACUACAUGGUAAUUAUGAAAUUUUAAAGUACAGUUUUUUUUUUUGUGAUUUGCACAAAGUUCUUUAAAUUAUAAUUAUCCACCUGUUCUCAUAUUAAUUUUCUUUCAAAUUCUGGCUGUUUUACAUUACUGUCUUGAUCAGUGAUUAAGUUGGUACCUCAUUGUUUUUUUUCCCACAAAAUUUUAAAAUUUCUGGCAUAUUUUAUUUUAAAUACUCCUUUUUUGAUAUAUUAUGAUUAUAUGCUGGUAAAUGAGGACUGCAAAAUAAAGAGUGACUGUGGUGAGAUUGGUAUUUUCAAUAAAAUAAAAAAAAAUCAUUUUUAAUAACUUUACCGUAAUGAAAUGGAUAUUUUGAAAUAAUGGAUGUUAUCAAAAUUUGUAGUUUUUUAUAUUCCAAUCCCCAUGUAUAAAAUGGCAUAUGACAAAUUUUAGAAUACGAAUUACAAAAGUACAAUAGUUCAAUUACAAAAAUAUUUCAUGGUAACACACCUAAAUUAUCUAUCUUUUUGUAUCAUUGCUGUUGGGUAUUUGCUGUUCGAACCCUAUGUAAGAAUACAGUUUGAUUGUUGAGUUUCAAAUCUAAUGCGAAGAUGCCUCCAAAUUUUUAAAUUCUGUAACCAAGCCUAUUUUUUGUAGUUUCGUGAUGCUAGUUUCAAAUUCAAAAAACUCUUUUUAAACCACCAUCCUUAGUAACGACGACGCAGAGAUACCAAGUGAUUUUGUUAUGUUACCACACUCAAGUACCAUUGUAUGACAUCAUUACCAAAUUCCUAGCAGUGGUUGGAUUGAAUAAACACAGUGGUUUUGUUUAGGCGCUGAUAUUUUGAUUGUGAUUAUUAUCUAUGCCAAGUAUGAAUCAGGCUUAAAAGUUUCAUAUUUCUCACGAAAGAUCUAGUUUCACAUUUGUUCAAUCUGCGAGAAAGCCAUGAAGAUUUGUUGUUCUACAACUGUAAAAUAUCCCAAUGUUUGUAAUUGAAAGGGUUGUAAUAUCCAAUCCAAUAUUAUGUCUAAGAUUCCACUGCCCGCUUUGAUUUUAUAGGUGCACAUUUUUCCAUGUGUUCUAUGGUAUAAUUAGUUUUUAUGUCAGAGUGACUCUAUUGUUAGUGUCAAGCGCUGUUGAUUCAGUAAAAUUCGGUUACAAGUUGGUUUCGACACGGACAUGUUAAAACUUACAUAUGGUGCAUGAUUUAUGUAUGUCA